AUGGCCUCCACCACCCACCAUCACCGCCAAAAGUCUCGCUCAAACCAAGACCAAAAGCCAGCAAUCCUCAGAAAGCCUCCCCCACACUUCUCCGAAAAUCCAAACAUCCACCUCUCAACAGCAGCCCUCCAACAAUUCACCCGUAAUUACUCCUACAGCAUACCUCAAGACACCAACCCACACAUAAAAUACCUGGAUCACGAUAAAGCCUAUCCAUGGUUCACCGCCUUAGAGCUACUGAAAGUGUUCAACCGAAGUAGAGGAACCGCCGUCGAUAUUGAAGGAUUUAGACCGAUGAUAAAUGCCGCGCGAGAGAAGAGGGUGAUUGAGAAUGUAGGAUGUGAUAUAAAAGAUACAACUGAUUGGCAGUUUACGAAGGCGUGGGUGGAGGGAAGAGGGGGUGAUGUUCUGCUGAGAAGUUGGACGGAGCGUGGGAAGAUUGAGGGGGGUGGUAGUGGUGGAAGUUUGUGA